AUGGGAGCCGAAGACCGGCGGAGAUCGAGCUUCCGUCAUCGCCUCUCGCCACCGUCGUCGCCCACCGGCGGAGCCACCGCCGUUGCUCCGCGGUUGGCCGCACCUCACCGCACGCCCUCUCUUCCGCCCCCUCUCUCCCUCCUCUUGUUGGUGCGAACUGAAGCGGCGAAAGUGAAGCGGCAUCCGGCGUCGCCUGGAAGGAACCGCGACCCGGGCUUGGACGCCGCCGCACCGCCGCCCGCGCGUCCGCCGCUCGCCACGCGCUCCGCCACCGCCCCUUCGCGCGUGCCGCCCUCGCCGUGCGCGGUCGGCCCGCCCCGCCCUGUCCGCCCUCAUCCUGGCCAUCUCCGCCACCGUUUGAGCUCGCCGGACCUCCCCGUCCCCCUCGCCCUCCGCCUCGGCUUCCCUCGCCACCACUAG